UUUAUAAUAAAAUGAAGACCUAUAUCAUUUUAGCCCUUUUGGUUUGCAGUGCCUUUACUCUUCCUGAACUUCAGAAUGUUGAAGCUGAGUUGCCAACUGAAUUACAGGUUGAAACUACUGAGAGUGCUUUGCAAUAUUACUAUAACUUCUUGAAGGGAGUAUUCUUAGACAAGAGUUCUUUGAUGACUCCUCCAUUGUACAAGCAAUGCAACUCGGAGUGGGGAAGCAAUUAUAUGGGAUCUAAGACUGUAUGUCAAGUUGGAUGCCUCAUGAGUUCAAUGUCAAUGGCCCUUGCUGGACUUGGAAAAACAAUUAAUGGACAGACUGUUAACCCAGGAAAUUUCAACCAAUGGCUCAGAGAUCAUCAUGGAUACUCAGGAAACUUGUUUGUCUGGGGAGCAGCUGAAUCUCCCUUCAGUUUGAAAUAUCAAGGACAGAAAGAAGGAGGCAGCCAUGCUGUAGAUAGCAAGCAUAUUACUAUUCUCAACGUUCACAACGGAGGGCAUUGGGUUCUUGCAGUCAGUAGUACAGGAAGCUCCUACCAAGUUCUCGACCCAGGAUACCAAACAUCAACUUAUAAGAACUCUGAGGUUGUUCGUGCAGCCACUUACCAGAUCUUAUAAAUUGGAUACUUUUCGAAACUUGAGUAGUUUAAAUAGUUUUGAAUAAAAUCUGAAUUG